GAAAACCCUCUUCUCAGCUUCUGUCUUCUCCCUCUCUGCAUAUACACCAUUUUCCCAAACGAAUUCAUCGUCAUCAUCAUCAUUCAUCAAUCAACCAUCUCGAUCGAUCUAGGAUUCCUGACAUGUCCAUCGAGCUCGAAUCUGAAUCCACCACACCCACCGGCCACCAGAGAUCCAACGCCUUCUGCUUCUGCUUCGGCCCACGCCGCCGUUCCUCGUGGUGGCAGCGCGUCCGCACGUCCCACUCCACCGUCUCCGGCGACAGGUGGUGGUCGCGCGGCAUCAGGGCGCUGAAGAAGGUCCGAGAGUGGUCGGAGAUCUUAGCGGGCCCCAGAUGGAAGACAUUCAUCCGCCGGCUCAGCCACCACCGCUCCCAUAAACGCAUGACCAAGUAUCAGUACGACCCCUUCAGCUACGCCUUGAACUUCGACGAGGGGCAGAACGGGGAUUUCCCUGAUGACGGGUUUCGUAACUUCUCCACGCGCUACGCCGUCGCCGCCGUUAAGCCGGUUUCUUCGCCGGAGAAGGGGUCUGACGUCGCCGUUUUGUGUGAGUGAGGGAGUAAGUACGCCGUGUGGGCUAACGUGCGCUGGAAUUGUGAGCUGGAAUUGAGAGUGGGAUUGGGAAUGAAUACUGGCAUUGCGCGUUAAGGUGGGGUUUGUUUGUUUGGUGACCAUGAAAAAGGACACUCACUUUCUGUUUCUUUGGCCCUUUGCCUAAUUCCAAUCCUUUCAUGCCCAUGAGUAAUUAUUUAGUUUUAUGUAUAUGUUUCUGUUUCUUUCAUAUAAAGGAUAUUUUUGCUUAAGCAUA